AUGGGGUCAGACAUCAGCCCUCCCGCCACUCGGAAGCAAAAGCUGCAAACCUCAAGCCUUGACAGGGAACACACGUGCGCCAGGUUUAAACUUAACAAUGUCACGGGAUCAUGGGAUGGGAGACGACGUGGAGGGGAGCGUGGUCAGCUCUCCAGAAGCCCCGAGCUCUGCGGAUUAGCAAACCGCACAGUUAAGUUUGCCAAAGCUAAACCUGGAAGGAAAAAGCGAGCGUUAAGGUUAAAUUGUACACAAGAUGCUGUAAACUCCCUCUACUCAUCACCUAGAAAAAAGAAGCCUGUUCCUCCAAGCACAUACGUGUCUGUCAACUGCAAAAGACAGUUCACAGCUUCAGGUGUGCAGUCCAAUGGCUGGUCUGUUCACGUCCCAUCUGAUGUCACUGGUGAACUUGGGAAGAUGGUUAUCCUGCCCUGUACUUUCACACACCCCUACAAAACGUUUGACCGGACCCUCACUGCCAUUUGGAGGAUCAAGGAACCUUACAACGGCACGAUAGUUUUCAAGUGCGUCAGUCAGAGCGCCAGCGAGCUCUGUAAGACUGCCAUCAGCUACAAAAACAAAUACAAACUGCUUGGCAACCCCCGGCACAAGGACCUUUCCAUCAGGAUUGACAACCUGACCUGGAGUGACAGCGAGAGAUACUUCUGCCGGGUGGAGUUGUCCGGAGAUGUUCACGACAAGUGGAAUGGGAUAAAGCUGCAUUUGAUUGCUGCCCCCAGGAUCAUUAACAUCACCGUCAGCUCCAACGGGGAUCGCGCCUUCCAGGCACGCUGCACUGCCGAGGGGGAGCCAGCGCCCGCCCUGACCUGGACCGGACCGCCCUACAGCAACCUCACCUCCAUCACCAGCAUGAACCACCGCGUCACCAAGGAGCUCCGGUACCUGACCCACGAUGGGAAAUACACCUGUACUGCUAUCAACAGCCACGGGAGAGCAGAGGGGGCUGUCUACUUCUAUAAAUUCAAAGCAUCCGACAGCUCCUUCUUCCUGAUCCUGAUCUUUGUGCCACUGGGAAUUAAAGUGCUCAUUUUGCUGGUGAUGCUGAGCUUCACCGUUUUCUGGAGAGGAGGGCACAGCCGCAAGACUCCACCUACGAGAACUUUGACCGCAGACACAGCGGCGGCCAGACUUUGCCAGCAGAACGAACAGCAUCAAGACACAGCUGAGGACCCGGGAGGUCUCACCUGCGCCCACUUGCUCGGUUCCAACUCCUGUCUGCUCUGUACAAGGCUGCCUCUUCCCAGGGAACGUGAGACUGGCGUUGACUGA